CCUGCGUCGAUCAGAGGUACAAACUUGUAGGAGGAGUUGGCAGACACCACCAACUCUUCUUGUGGAUUGCUGACUUCUCCAAGGAAAACAAAAUCGCUCUCCUGCUAAAGCAGUUAUCACGUACCCAGCUACCAGUCAAAUUUCGCCAAACCCGACAUGAACUGUCCUCUCGCACCACAAAAGGCAGCAAGCAACCUCAGUUGCGAAGUGGCCAUGAGGACACCCCUCCUGCUCGAGACACAUCGUCCAGGGCAGCCAUGCUGCGCUGUCGCUCGCCUGGCGGAACGCCAAAUGUAGAGAGAAACCGACCAUGCCACUGGUGACGAAGAAAGCAAUAGCUUUAGCAAUAAAGAAACCUUUCCCAACAACUUAAUUUAAUUCAGCACAACGCCACGGUAUGAUUCUGCUACAUCUCUCAUCGUUUUUAUCUUUCUUUAAAUUUUCUGUCAAGGAAGAAAAUUUUCUGCGACGAAUUGGGUCGUGUUGGAAGGCAUCAUCGACUCGAGAAAAAAGAAGAUCCACUGCAUUAUCCAGAUAAAAAAGAAAAUAAAAGAAUAGAUGCUGCGCUAACAUCCCACUAGAUUGACAACAUGUCUGAACUCACCGGAGCUGUAUAAAUUUGUGUCCUGAGCAAACACUCCAACCAUUCAGCUUUGCAGUUUCUUCUUGAAGGCUUGCAUUAGUGCUGGAUGUUCAUGGCAACUAUGACAAAGGAAGCCAAGUACGACUGUCUGGUCUUUGAUAUGGAUGAUACCUUGUAUCCCUUGACCUCUGGUCUCAAUUUGGCCUGUCGCAAGAACAUCCAAGAUUUCAUGUUGCACAAUCUCCAUAUUGAAGAAAGCCAAGUUGCGAAAAUGUGCCUGGACUUGUACAAAGAAUAUGGGACAACGAUGGCUGGUCUUAAGGAACUUGGUUAUGGAUUUGACGAUGAUGAAUUCCAUGCUUAUGUUCACGGAAGACUGCCAUAUGAAACUUUGAAACCUGAUCCUGUGUUGAGAAGUUUACUACUUUCAGUGCCGCAAAGAAAGAUAAUCUUCACAAAUGCAGACAAGGUUCACACUGCCAAAGUUAUCAGUAGGCUUGGCCUAGAAGAUUGUUUCGAUGGUGUCAUAUGUUUUGAGACACUUAAUCUGAACCCAACUCUUGAUUUACCUGCUGAAAAGAUCACCACCAUGACUGAUGAUGAUCUAAAGAGCUGGACUUCCGAAGGGAGAAUACUCUGCAAGCCUUCUCUGGAAGCCUUUGAAACUGCAAUCAGAAUUUCAAACAUUGAUCAAAAGAGAACGAUCUUUUUUGAUGAUAGUCCAAGAAACAUAGCAGCAGGAAAGGCAGCAGGUCUUCAUACUGUCCUUGUGGGGAGCUCGGUGUUGGUGCCAGGGGCAGAUCUUGCACUAGAGAGCAUUCACAAUAUAAGAGAAGCCUUGCCUGAGAUAUGGCAGGAUGGAGAGCAGUUUGGACCAGUUCUUGCAGCUACAUCUGCUGAAGCAGUAGUCCUUGCUUAGAUAUUAGUACUAUUGCCACUAUUGAUAGGCCUUGAACCAAGAAAGGCAUGAGAGAAAAGCAAAUUGGCUAGCGAUUGUGAGUGCCUGUUCAUGAUGCUGAUUAUUUAUGUAAGCUCAUCAAUUUACUGCCCAAUAAAGAGAGAGCUUAAUAUGUGAGGCAUGAUAAUUAUUACA